AUGGAACCAGCUUUUGGGGAGGUUAACCAGCUAGGCGGUGUUUUUGUCAACGGAAGACCGCUACCCAACGCCAUCCGGCUCAGGAUUGUAGAACUAGCCCAGUUGGGCAUCAGGCCUUGCGACAUCAGCAGACAGCUCCGUGUCUCCCACGGUUGUGUAAGCAAGAUUCUCGCCCGGUACAACGAAACUGGUUCCAUACUCCCGGGAGCAAUCGGAGGCAGCAAGCCGAGGGUCACUACGCCAACUGUGGUCAAGCACAUACGGACUUAUAAGCAACGGGACCCAGGCAUUUUUGCUUGGGAGAUCCGGGACAGGCUUUUGGCCGAUGGUGUGUGCGAUAAAUUCAAUCUGCCUUCUGUUAGCUCAAUCAGCCGAAUCCUCCGCAAUAAGAUCGGAAAUCUGUCUCAGCAGACCCAGUACGAGUCCAGCAAACAGACGCCUCAUCCGGCGCCACAACCUACUCUACCGUACAAUCCUAUAUACUCAUAUCCUUCCCCCAUCGCACCGACCACGACGAAAGUGCCAACUCCUCCUGGCAUGCCGACUCUGCCUGGACAUAUGGCUAUGCACAGGAUAUGGCCCUCCUCCCAUUCAGUCACUGAUAUUUUGGGCAUUCGUUCAAUUACGGAACAACAAAUUAGUGACACUCCAUCCUUUCCCAGUGCCAAACUAGAAGAAUGGAGCGCUAUAAACAGGAGUAAUUUUCCGCCAGCGAGCUCUCCACUAGUCAAUGGCGUGGAUAAACCCCACUUAGAACCAGAAGCAAAAUACUCACAGACGCAGAAUGGCUUGCCCACAGUGACCAGCUAUGUCACAGCUCCCAGCAUCCAUCCUUACCACCCUCCCACCCAAGUGCCGCCUUACAUGGGGUACAGCGGCACCACGUCGGCCUAUGUGACCGGCCCCACAUGGCAGCCGCCCAGUGGCAGUGCUCUCUCUCCCCACAGCUGUGAUAUAGCAACCCCAUUGGCAUUCAAGAGCAUGGCAGCCAACCGGGAUGCCAGUCAACCCGUCACCGCCUCUGCCCUGUGA